GUUAGGUGAAACACGCACGGCCGCGGUAGCAAAACGUGGUGCGAGCGGUGGCAGGCGCUGCGCGUUUUGUGGGCGCUGACGGCGGAGGCCUGCGGCGGGCCAGUGGCUGGACGGCGCUCGCGGGCUACCGCGAUUAGCAGGCGGCAUGGCCGAGGCGGCGCCAGCCACGGGUGCGGCCGCCAGCAUUGUCAAGGAGGGCUGGCUGCAGAAGCGCGGCGAGCACAUCCGCAACUGGCGCGACCGCUACUUCAUCCUGUUUAGCAACGGCGACUUGGUGGGCUUCAAGUCGCAGCCCGAGCGGAACAACUACCGCGAACCGCUCAACAAGUUCACCGUACGCGACUGCCAGAUCAUGGCCGUGGACAAACCGCGCCCCUACACCUUCACUAUCCGAGGUCUGCAAUGGACUACCGUCAUUGAGCGCAACUUUUCCGUCGACACUGAAAAAGAGCGUGAGGAGUGGGUUGCGGCGAUCCGCUUUGUUGCCAGCCAGCUAAGCAGCGGCGCGGCGGGUAGCGCUGGAUCCGCGGGCGCGACGGCUGCAGGGAGCGAUCUCGACGACAUCGACAUCGCGCAGCUCGGCACCAGCUUCCGCGAUCCCAGACGCAUUACCCUGGAGAAGUUCGAAUUCGUGAAGGUGCUAGGAAAAGGCACGUUCGGCAAGGUAGUGCUGUCACGCGAAAAGGGCACCGGAAAGCUGUAUGCUAUGAAGAUCCUCAAAAAGAACCUUAUCAUCCAAAAGGAUGAGGUCGCCCACACCAACACCGAGAACCAAGUGCUCAAGAAGACAAAGCAUCCCUUCCUCACUGCGCUGCGCUACUCGUUCCAGACAGCGGACUGCGUGUGCUUCGUGAUGGAGUAUGCCAACGGCGGCGAGCUGUUCUUUCACCUGUCUCGCGAACGGUCCUUCAGUGAAGAGCGCACGCGAUUUUACGGCGCCGAGAUCGUCUCGGCGCUGGGUUACCUGCACAGCGAGGGCAUCAUUUACCGUGACCUCAAGUUGGAAAACCUACUACUGGACAAGGACGGCCACAUCAAGAUCGCCGACUUCGGCUUGUGCAAGGUGAACAUCACCUACGGGCGCACCACCAAAACCUUCUGCGGCACGCCCGAGUACUUGGCGCCGGAGGUGCUGGAGGACAACGACUACGGGCCGGCCGUGGACUGGUGGGGCACGGGCGUGGUGAUGUACGAGAUGGCGUGCGGGCGGCUACCCUUCUACAACCGCGACCACGACGUGCUGUUUUCACUGAUCGUGACGGAGGAGGUGCGUUUCCCGCGCGCGCUGUCGGCGGCGUGUCGCGCGCUGCUCGCCGGCCUGCUCACCAAGGAGCCGGCCAUGCGCCUGGGCGCGGGGCCCGACGACGCGCUAGAGAUCAUGAACCACCCCUUCUUCGCCACCGUCAACUGGGCCGACCUGGUGGCCAAGAAGAUCCCGCCGCCCUUCAAGCCGCAGGUGGACUCGGAGACGGACACGCGCUAUUUCGACUCGGAGUUCACCGGCGAAUCGGUGGAGCUCACGCCCCCCGACGAACCCGCCUUAGCGCGCAUCCAGGAGGAGCACUUCCCGCAGUUCUCCUACCAGGAUAUUUGCUCGUCGGCGCAUUCGGCGCUGUCGCACUUGUCGCAUCAGUCUGCGUCCGCGCACCGCCACUAGCGCCGGCUGCGCCGUAGGCUAAGCGAGCAGCACGUGCAUUUCUACUAAUCACCCUCCCGCGGCGCGCGCCUACCCCGCGGGCCGCGGGGGCCGCCGAUGUAUUUCCUUUUGUAUAUAUAAUAAAGUU